AAUAUGGCACGUGCAAGUGCAGCUGCAACUGGAACAGCUCCACCACCACCACCACCUCCGCCACCACCACAACAACAGCAAAAUGCCAACUCUCAGCAUGUACCACCCCAGCCUCCCCCACCACCGAAUCCAUUCGGAAACAUAGUGAAUGGGAUGGAUUUUCUUCGCGAGAUAGGCACACAAACGGAUGAUGUUGUGACUGAACCAAUGAGUGAAAUGCACAUUUCAAACGAUAAGGAACCAGAGCAACAAGCCGAUAAAACUGUGGGUGAUAAAGAAAACGGCGCUAAGGAGCCUGAGGGAAGUGAAAAAGAGAAGGGAAAUGUGAUGUUGGUUGAUAUCGAUGAUGAGGGCAACGACACCGAAAUGUGGACAAUGAUGGACAAGAACGACGUUGAAACGACAGCUAAAACGAAUGACGCAGAUAGAAAGGUUGCGACAUGCGUAGAACAGCUGGAAGCGAUGGGAUUCGAUAACUGCAAUGGCUGGUUGACGAAACUGGCGAUGGUUCAUCAGGGUGAUACAACACGUGUCAUCGAGAAUUUGGGCAGUGAUCCGGUGUAUUCGCAACGUCUGCAGGCGGCACUCUGA